GCUGGAGUGCGGUACCUGAGCGAGACGCACACCAGAAAGCCCACGUUGGCCGCUGCGGGGAGCGCAGCGCGGAGAGGCGGGAGACUCCGAAUUCCCGCGCUGUUGCCGCGGUCCCUGCUCCGCGCGGGUCCUGUUCCCUCCGGUCCUGCCUGCGAGCGGUGUUUGCGGGGCAGCCGGGAGAGCUCUAAACGGAAAGCAAGAUCCUUGCCGCCUCCCCUGGGGGGUUCGAGCGGCGCGCGGAGAUUCUGGGGGGCAGCGACAGUGCCCGAGGGCGGAGGGGCGCGGAGUUUGUGAGCGGAGAGGAAGUUAAGCCUUGCGGAGAAGAUUGGCAUCUCGGGACGCCGUGUCGCCGCAGCCUGGGCCCCACGGCGGAGUAAACUUCUCGGCGGCUGUGCGAGCCAAGGAGAGGCGUGCGCGGGGAUGAUGCCGGGCAUCUCCCCCAGCUGGUGAGCCGCCCCGCCGCCCCGGCUCCCACUCAGCCGCCCGGGAGGGAGCGGGACAACGCACGUGCGCGGGCAGCGAGGCCCGGGAGUGACCGCGCCGUGACCCGCCCAGAGGCGAGGGCGCCGGCUGCAGCGCAGCCGGGACUCGGACGCACCUGGCCUGGACCUUACGCCUCCCGAGACCUGCGCGGGAGUGUGGGGCUCCCCUCCGAGUGGUUUUCCGCGUGAUCUCCCCCCUCACCUCCCCUCCAGCCUGGGCAACUGGGGGCGCCCCAGAGAACGAUGAGAGAUAAGGACUGAGGGCCAGGAAGGGGAAGCGAGCCCGCCGAGAGGUGGCGGGGGCUGCUCACGCCAAGGGCCACAGCGGCCGCGCUCCGGCCUCGCUCCGCCGCUCCACGCCUCGCGGGGCCCGCGGGGCCAGUCCGGCCGGGCGGGGAUGCUGGGGCGGAGGGCGCAGUGGCUGUGCUGGUGGUGGGGGCUGCUGUGCAGUUGCUGCGGGCCCCCGCCGCUUCGGCCGCCCCUGCCCGCCGCCGCCGCCGGCGGUGGGGCGCUGCUGGGGGACGGCAGGAGCCCGAGCCACGCGGAGCAGCAGCCGCCGCCGCCGCAGUCCUCCUCCUCCGGCUUCCUCUACCGGCGGCUCAAGACGCACGAGAAGCGCGAGAUGCAGAAGGAGAUCCUCUCGGUGCUGGGGCUCCCGCACCGGCCCCGACCCCUGCACGGCCUCCAGCAGCCGCAGCCCGCUGCGCUCCCUCAGCAGCAGCCUCGCGGGGACCCCCCUCCCGGGCGGCUAAAGUCUGCGCCCCUCUUCAUGCUGGAUCUGUACAACGCCCUGGCCGCGGACGACGACGAGGACUGGGCGUCGGGGGAGGAGAGAAGGCAGCACGGGCCCCGCGGAGGGGUAGGCUUGUCCCAGCGCCGCCAGCCGCCCCCAGGCGCGCCGCCCCGGGUCAAUGGCAAGAGCCUCCUGGCCGCGGGACCGGGCGGCGGCGCGUCCCCACUGACUAGCGCGCAGGACAGCGCCUUCCUCAACGACGCGGACAUGGUCAUGAGCUUUGUGAACCUGGUGGAGUACGAGAAGGAGUUCUCCCCUGGCCAGCGACACCACAAAGAGUUCAAGUUCAACUUAUCCCAGAUUCCUGAGGGUGAGGCGGUGACGGCUGCAGAAUUCCGCAUCUACAAGGACUGUGUUGUGGGGAGUUUUAAAAACCAAACUUUUCUUAUCAGCAUUUAUCAAGUCUUGCAGGAGCAUCAGCACAGAGACUCUGACCUAUUUUUGUUGGAUACCCGUGUGGUGUGGGCCUCAGAAGAAGGCUGGCUGGAAUUUGACAUCACAGCCACUAGCAAUCUGUGGGUCGUGACCCCGCAGCACAACAUGGGGCUUCAGCUGAGCGUGGUGACGCGGGAUGGACUCACCAUCAACCCUCGAGCGGCAGGCCUGGUGGGCAGAGACGGCCCUUACGACAAGCAGCCUUUCAUGGUGGCCUUCUUCAAGGUCAGCGAGGUCCACGUGCGCACCACUAGGUCAGCCCCUGGGAGGCGCCGACAGCAGAGCCGCAAUCGCUCCACCCAGUCCCAGGAUGUUUCCCGGGUCUCCAGUGCUUCCGAUUACAACAGCAGUGAGUUGAAAACGGCCUGCAGGAAGCAUGAGCUUUAUGUGAGCUUCCAAGACCUGGGAUGGCAGGACUGGAUCAUCGCACCCAAGGGCUACGCCGCCAACUACUGUGACGGAGAAUGCUCCUUCCCACUCAACGCGCACAUGAACGCAACGAACCACGCGAUUGUGCAGACGCUGGUUCACCUUAUGAAUCCCGAGUAUGUCCCCAAACCAUGCUGCGCGCCAACCAAACUGAAUGCCAUCUCAGUUCUUUACUUUGAUGACAACUCCAAUGUCAUCUUAAAAAAAUACAGGAAUAUGGUUGUCAGAGCUUGUGGAUGCCACUAACUCCAAACCAGCUGCUGGGGACACAGAGACUGACUUGGGUUCCCAGGUGACAUCUGCCUUAAAAAAA